GGUGCCCGUGUUUCCGGUGGGACCGGGAUUGCCGUUGCAGCGGAAAGCCUGUGAGAUGGCGGUCGGCUCUCGGAGCGUUUAGGACCCUGAACCCGGAUCCGAGCACCCGGACCCCGAGCUGUCUGCCUCACCGCGUCCCUGUGUCUGACCCGAGCUAUGGAGGGCGGCAAACCGAGCCUGGCGCUGGUGUACCAGGCGGUCCAGGCCCUGUACCACGACCCGGACCCGGCCGGGAAGGAGCGCGCCUCGCUGUGGCUGGGAGAGCUGCAGAGAUCGAUGUAUGCUUGGGAGGUGUCAGACCAGCUGCUGCAGCUCAAACAGGACGUGGAGUCGUGUUACUUCGCCGCACAGACAAUGAAGAUGAAGAUCCAGACGAGCUUCUACGAGCUCCCGCCAGAGACCCACAAUGCACUGCGAGACUCGCUGCUGACGCACAUCCAAAACCUCAAGGACCUGUCACCCAUCAUUGUAACCCAGCUGGCUUUGGCGAUCGCUGACCUUGCCCUGCAGAUGGCGUCCUGGAAAGGAUGUGUUCAUACACUGAUAGAAAAGUACAACAAUGACAUCAGCUCGAUGCUCUUCCUCAUAGAGAUCCUCACCGUGCUCCCAGAGGAAGUUCACAGCCGCUCGCUUAGGAUCGGAGCGAAUCGGAGGACGGAGAUCAUCGAGGACCUGGCGUACUACUCAAGCACCGUGGUUACCUUGCUGACAACCUGCGUGGAGAAAACGGGGAAUGAUGAGAAGAUGCUUAUUAAGGUGUUUCGCUGUCUGGGCAGCUGGUUCAACCUGGGCGUCCUCGACAGCAACUUCAUGGCGAGCAACCAGCUGCUCAUGGUGCUUUUCCAGGUCCUGCAGAGGGACGAAACCUCUACCAACCUCCACGAGGCGUCCUCCGACUGUGUGUGCUCUGCGCUCUACGCCAUAGAAAACGUGGAGACCAACGUCGCAUUGGCGCUGCAGCUCUUCCAGGGCGUCCUGACACUAGAGACGGCCUAUCACAUGGCAGUAGCCCGAGAAGAUCUGGACAAAGUGCUGAACUACUGCAGGAUCUUCACAGAGCUCUGCGAGACCUUCCUGGAGACCACGGUCAGGAGUCCAGGACAGGGCAUGGGAGACCUGAGGACCCUGGAGCUGCUGCUGAUCUGUGCAGGACACCCCCAAUACGAGGUGGUGGAGAUCUCCUUUAACUUCUGGUACCGUCUUGGGGAACACCUGUACAAAAUCAACGACCCGACUUUGCACGCCAUCUUCAGACCGUACAUCCAGAGGCUUCUCCACUGUUUGGCCCGGCACUGCCAGCUCGAUCCGGAUCAUGAGGGAAUCCCGGAGGACACAGACGACUUUGGCGAGUUCCGGAUGAGGGUGUCUGACCUUGUUAAAGAUGUCAUCUUCCUGGUUGGCUCCGUGGAGUGCUUCGCUCAGCUGUACUCCACGCUGAAAGAUGGGAAUCCUCCCUGGGAGGUCACAGAGGCCGUCCUCUUCAUCAUGGCUUCCAUCGCAAAGAGCGUCGACCCGGAGAACAACCCGACGCUCACGGAGGUGCUGCAGCAGAUUGUGUUACUUCCGGAGAGCGUUCACAUGGCGGUGAGAUACACGAGUAUCGAGUUGGUUGGCGAGAUGAGCGAGGUCGUGGACAGGAAUCCCAGAUUCCUUGACUCUGUGUUGAACUACCUGAUGAAAGGUCUGCGAGAGAAACCGCUGGCAUCUGCGGCAGCAAAGGCAAUCCACAACAUCUGCUCCGUGUGCAGAGAUCACAUGGCUCAGCACUUCCACGGGCUGCUGGACAUCGCUCGCUCACUAGACUCCUUCGCCCUUUCCACAGAGGCUGCCGUCGGCCUGCUCAAAGGUACGGCUCUGGUCCUGGCUCGACUUCCUCUGGAGAAGAUCGCAGAGUGUCUGAGCGACCUGUGUGCUGUUCAGGUUAUUGCUCUGAAGAAGGUCAGAGGGCUUCUGACUGAGCAGUCCACAAACGGUAAAUCAGCUGAUCCGACGGUGUGGCUCGACAGGUUGGCUGUGAUUUUCAGACACACAAACCCGAUCGUCGAGAAUGGACAGACUCACCCGUGUCAGAAAGUCAUCCAGGAGAUCUGGCCCGUAUUGUCGGAGACUCUGAACACUCACCAGGCUGAUAACCGCAUCGUGGAGCGCUGCUGUCGCUGCCUCAGGUUCGCUGUGCGCUGUGUCGGGAAAGGCUCCGCCUCCCUGCUGCAGCCGCUUGUCACACAGAUGGUGGGCGUGUAUCAGGUGUAUCCACACUCCUGCUUCCUGUACCUGGGCAGCAUCCUGGUGGAUGAGUACGGUAUGGAGGAGGGCUGCAGACAGGGAUUACUCGACAUGCUACAGGCUCUCUGCAUGCCGACCUUCCAGCUGUUGGAGCAGCCGAACGGUCUAAGGAAUCACCCUGACACUGUGGAUGACCUUUUCAGGCUGGCCACCAGGUUCGUCCAGCGAAGUCCUGUCACACUGCUCAGCAGCAGCAUCAUCAUUCACAUCAUACAGUGCGCCAUCGCCGCCACCUCAUUGGACCACCGAGACGCCAACUGCAGCGUGAUGAAGUUUGUCCGAGACCUCAUCCACACAGGAGUCGCCAACGAUCACGAGGAGGACUUCGAGGUGAGAAAGCGUCUGAUUGGUCAGGCUAUGGAGCAGCACGGCCAGCAGCUCGUCACUCAGCUGAUGCACUCAUGCUGCUUCUGUUUGCCGCCGUACACGCUACCUGACGUCGCCGAGGUGCUGUGGGAGAUCAUGGUGUUCGACCGGCCGACGUUCUGCCGCUGGUUAGAGAGCGCCCUGAAAGGUUUACCGAAGGAGACGUCAGGCGGCGCCGUGACAGUCACCCAUAAACAGCUGACUGACUUCCAUAAACAGGUCACCAGCGCUGAGGAGUGUAAACAGGUGUGCUGGGCCAUCAGAGAGUUCACCAGACUGUUCCGAUAGCUGCAGCCUUCUCGCACCGCCAGGUAAAUCUUUUUGUUGACGAGCAUUCAGAGGUGACGGCAAUAAUCUGCGUCUGCAGACGAGGAUCCAAAGGGAUGAAGAUGAUGAAGGACUUCGAAUGUGAACAGGGCGGCUCACUCUGAAGGACUGACAGAUUGAAGACUGAUUGGACAGAAUGAGUCCACCCCAGCUCACCUGAACUCACCUGACCUCACCUGCAGCAGGUGGUGAGUGGGCGGGGCUGGGUCCGGCAGGUGGGCGGGGUCAGGAAGCUGCGGUCGUGAAUCGGAGGAUGUGCCUGGUCAACAGUUUUUAGAGAUUUAUUUUUGGACUUUGGUCGUGGUGGGGUUUUUUUUUUUUUUGUUUUUUUUUU